CUCCGCCUCUGCGGGCAUUGCGCAUGCAUGGGGCGGCCCCCCAGCCACUGAGUCACCCCCUCUUCUCCCGUCCGCUCCCGGGAGGCAUCCCCAACCACGGGCCAGGAGGGAGAAGAGAGAAAAAAGGCGGCCACCAUGAAUCGUCUGGGGAAGAAAGGGAAUGAGACCCUGAUCGAGAUGGCUCUGUCCACGGAUGAUGACAUUGCGAUUCUCACCAAGUUCAAGCCAGCAGAGUCAGAAGGGGAAGAACUCAAUGGACCAUUGUGUGAAACUAUUUCAGCUACAGGAUCAGAAGCCCCAAGCAGCUCUGAGGGCCUAAACAGCACAGAGACUACUUUACUCAUCCCUGAACAUCAAGUGAGUGGCAGGAGAUAUAAUCUGUUCCUGAAGCGACGUCUCAGGAUUGAUAAAAGACAUCAAAGCAUAGAUUCUAUUUUCUUCAGGGAUGGUGUCAGGAGAAUUGAUUUUGUUCUCUCCUAUGUGGAUGAUCUUAAUAAGGAAUGGGAAAAGAAGUUGGAGAGAAGAAAAGAAUUCGAGAGUAAUCUGCAAAAGGCUGGUUUGGAACUAGAAACAGAAGAUAAGAAGGAAUCUGAAGAUGGCAAGAUUUAUUUUGUGAAGAUCCAUGCCCCAUGGGAGGUUCUGAUCACCUAUGCAGAAGUGCUGAACAUUAAAGUCCCCAUCAAGGAAAAUGACAUUCCCUCAAUGGUGGAGAACCCCCUGGACUGUAUGCUUGCACCACUCAGGCUUCCUGAGAAGGUGAUGCACCCUGACCCUGAUUAUUUCACAGCACCAUUCAGCAAGGACAAGCAGGAGCUGUACCUCAUUAAUGAUGAGAGCACUUUCUUCUCACCAUCCAUGAGAAACAGAAUAGUUAAUUAUAUUCUUACACGUUGCCCCUAUGGAACAGAAGAAGGGAAGAAAAAGUUUGGGAUUAAGAGACUGCUAAACAAUGGCACCUAUUCAGCUGCAUAUCCUCUUCAUGAUUGCCAGUACUGGAAAAAGGCAAAUGAUCCCAACUGUGACAAUGAGAGAUACACACUGUACAUGGAGUGGGCCCGUUUCUUACGGUUCUACAAGGAACAGCCUUUGGACCUCAUCAGGAAGUACUACGGUGAGAAGAUUGGAAUCUAUUUUGCCUGGCUAGGAUUUUACACUGAGAUGCUAUUCCUUGCAGCAGUUGUUGGCUUAAUCUGUUUUCUUUAUGGCUUGUUUACAAUGGAUGAAAAUAUGAGCAGCAAAGAAAUCUGUGACCCUGAAAUUGGAGGAGAGAUCAUCAUGUGCCCUCUUUGUGACCGAGAGUGUGACUACUGGAGACUGAACACCACCUGUGAGUCCUCCCAGUAUUCCCAUUUGUUUGACAACGUGGCAACUCUUUUUUUUGCCAUUUUCAUGGGCAUAUGGGUUACACUUUUCUUGGAGUUCUGGAAGAGACGUCAAGCUAGACUGAAAUAUGAGUGGGAUUUGGUUGAUUUUGAAGAGGAGCAGCAACAGCUCCAGCUGAGGCCUGAGUACGAGGCAAAAUGUACCCAAAAGAAGAAGAAUCCUGUAACUCAGGAGAUGGAGCCUUACUUGCCUAUAACUAGCCAGGCCGUGCGGUUCUGCAUCUCUGGAACUACAGUCUUGUUUUGGGUGUCACUGAUCAUAGCAAGCAUGAUAGCAGUGAUCGUGUAUCGUCUCGCAGUCUAUGCUGCCUUUGCCAGCCUGAUGGAGAACACUCAAACUUUACAGCCCAUCAGAGGAUUGCUGACCCCUCAGCUGGCAACUUCAGUCACAGCCUCAUGCCUGAAUUUUGUCAUCAUCAUGAUACUGAAUUUCUUGUAUGAGAGAAUAGCCAUCUGGAUUACUGAUAUGGAGAUUCCCAGAACUCAUAUGGAGUAUGAGAACAGGCUCACUAUGAAAAUGUUUCUGUUCCAGUUUGUCAACUACUAUUCAUCCUGCUUCUAUGUGGCCUUCUUCAAAGGGAAGUUUGUUGGUUACCCAGGUGCCUACACGUACAUGUUUAAUCGCUGGAGAAAUGAAGAGUGUGAUCCUGCAGGCUGCUUGAUAGAACUGACGACACAGCUCACCAUAGUCAUGGCUGGGAAGCAGAUCUGGGGCAAUAUCCAAGAGGCCAUUGUACCCUGGAUUUGUAACUGGUGGGGUCGCCGGAAAGCCAGAAAUAAUCCAGAAAAUUUAUACAGUCGCUGGGAGCAAGACCAUGAUCUGCAGACAUUUGGAGCCUUAGGCCUGUUCUAUGAAUAUCUAGAAAUGGUCAUUCAGUUUGGAUUCAUUACUCUCUUUGUGGCAUCCUUCCCCUUGGCUCCCCUUCUUGCUCUGAUGAAUAAUAUCCUGGAGAUUCGAGUAGACUCCUGGAAAUUAACCACCCAGUACCGGAGACCCGUGGCUGCCAAAGCACACAGCAUAGGAGUCUGGCAAGAAAUCCUCAAUGGAAUGGCCAUCCUGUCUGUUGUCACCAAUGCUUUCAUUGUUGCCUUCACAUCAGAUAUGAUUCCUCGUCUAGUUUACUACUAUGCUUACUCUGAAAGUGAAGACUCACCUAUGUCUGGAUACAUAAACAACAGUUUGUCAGUGUUCCUAAUCUCAGAUUUUCCUGAGAGAAACAAGCCAAAAGUAAAUCCUGAAAACUUUUCUGUAUGCAGGUACAGAGACUAUCGGUAUCCUCCUGACCAUGAGAGGAGGUACUUACACAGUAUGCAGUUCUGGCACAUUCUUGCUGCAAAACUGGCCUUUAUCAUUAUUAUGGAGCAUGUUGUAUUCAUCGUCAAAUUCUUUGUAGCCUGGAUGAUUCCUGAUGUCCCUUCAGAUGUGAAAGCCAAAAUCAAACGUGAAAAGUAUUUAACACAGAAAAUCCUGCAUGAGUAUGAACUUGAAAAGCUGAAGGAGAGACUGUGUCAAGGUGAUAAAGGAGCCACACAAAAGGAGUUCAUUGCCACAGAAGGGAGAAUGGAGUUAUCCAGAGCAAUGCAGUGAAAAAAAAACAACUUUUUUUUUUUUUUUUAACUCAUUACAGCUUUUUUAUCUGUGAUUUGCUCAGUAUAAAUCAACUUGAAAGCUAUAGGACAGUUUCAACCCUUUGCUUUCAGUCCAAAGGUUUUAGGCUUCCAAAGAAAAGUCUUACUGAGCAUUCUAGGUUUAGUAAAUCUACUUAACUGUGUGACUUCAGCACUGUUUUCUAUCUACCCAUCACUUUAAAUAACAAGUGUAAUCUUGUAAUCCUAGCAUUUGGAUUCCCAGUACAGGAAUGUCAAAGGGCUCACGGGAUAUGACAAGGUCAUUGCCACCAAGCUCUCCCCUUGUUGCUAAAUGCAAAGUUCCAGGCUGUAUCCCAGCUGGAUGAAAGGGAUAUCCUAAAGAACUCCUGCUGUGGAAAAUGCUGAGAUUUAUUAUUACUGCGACACACUCCUGAUAAAAAGGGUUAGGGUUUGGGGCUUCUUCUGUAUCCACUAUAUCUUAUCAAACAUUGGUUUGCAGUUUUGAACUUCUAUACACUUUUUAGAAGGAAUUGACUUUUAAAGAUAUAUUGGCUUAAUUCCAUUUGGAAUUAUUUAUAGGCACAGAAUUCAGUUAAUAUGUAUUCAUGACGGAAGAAAACCCCAGAAUUUAUUUUCAUAAAGAUAACAGCUGCCAAAAAGUUUGCUCUUUAAAUGCAAAUAAUUAGAGUCAUCCAACUAUGGUGUUUUUUUGAAAAGAUGUGUACAGUUUGGUGAAGGACAGCUAGUUUAUUUCUCAGUCUCAAAAACUGCCAUGGGAAGAUAGUGCUUGACAUUCAUUUUGGCCAAAAUUGCUCCUGUGUUUGGAUUUCUUGGAUUCUCUGUGAAUACCAGCAAAGAGCUAACAGUGUGUCUGUACUCAGUGUGAGUGCUCUGUGCAGUGGGCUGGGAGCUGCACCACCACACUGUGUUCUAGCUGGAUGGUUUGUACUUGCUUUUGUAUUCAAAAGAUUUUUAGCAUGCCAAACAAUCUAUGUUUACGUUGUUAUUUUCCUUAUACGAAGGAGCCUGGGGGGGGGUUGUUUUGGUUUCAGUUUUUUUUUAUUUUUUAAUCUUUAAGGGUUUUUUUCUGUUUUGUCAUGGGGCUUUUCUACCAAGUUAUCAAGUUUAUAGAUAUAUAGCAACUACUCGUGCAAAGUGGCUACCAGCUGUUUAUGAAUGUGCCCUCGUUUUAUAAUUUGAAGCAGUUUGGCACUUUUAUGAUUUUGCUGUAUCUUUCAAACAUAUCAACACUUCCAUGCUUAGUGCCUUGUUUAUUUGCAUUUGGCAAAAGAUGUGAAAAUGCUUGCUGUGGGGAAACGUGGAUUUCCCCAGUGUGCUUGCAGGCAUCCUGACACUGUGACCCUGCACACGGAGCUGCACAGUGUUAGCCAAACCACGCCUGCCUUGGCACAACUCUGUCCUAGUGCUCUGCAAACUCUCCCCAGGGAGCAGUUCAGACUUGGGCUUUGUAGAUAGAAGUAGCACCAGACUGUUGAGUUCUCUCAUGCUGAAAUACUGACUGGUUCAACAGAUCAGAAAUUUUACUGUGUUUGCACUUUGAAGUUAUACUUCCUGCAAGUAUACACACACACACACACACACUCAAAAAGAUUUGUAUUCCGUAUCAGCCAAACAAUGUACUGUUUACUAGAUCCACACCUUAGGGGUUCCAUAUUUUGGUUUAGCAGACCUAGCCUACAUUUUCAACUACUGGGCUAGUAACCUGAAUGUUGUAACAGUUUUAAAUUGAUGUCUUGAGUAGAAGCAUUGUUCUUAGCAAAAGGUUUAACAUUGAAGUGCCUACCUCCACCAAACACCCCAGGGUUUGGCUGCCAGUCAAGGAGUUGAAGCAGUUGUACAUUUCUUGUUACUGUAAGCUAAUUCAGCUUUGGUCUCUAAGUUUGCUUGAGAAGUCAAGCCCGUUGGCAAUCCAUGUUUGUGAUGAACUGACCAUAUUCUUGAAUAUUCAGUUAUAUUUGAAAUAAAGGAUUUGUUUGAGGAAUGCAUGUAUAAAUCAAUUAGCUCUGAUGCUUACUGUAGAAGCCAAAGAAGAGUAUCAGUCCCCAGAUUUAACACAAUGUGAGCACUAUGCUGCUUCUUACAUGUAUAUAGUUAACAGAACUGCUUAAUUCAGAUGUCACAGUUUUGUUCCUGUUAGCAACACAAGCAGUUGCUUUAAAGGGUGAGGUGAUGAGAUGCAAAGCAGUAUUUCUAUGCAAAGCAUGCCAUGCAGUUGAAACUGGAAACAGAUUUGAAAAUCCAGCAUUUGAUGCACUAUUCCUGCUUAUUGAACAUUUGUUUCUUCAGAUCCUGUAGGAAAGUGUCCAAAUAUACUACACUUGAGAUGUCAGUAAAAUAGAUGUGUUGGGAGUGAAUAAUGCUAUUUAAAAGCAAGAUGGGGAAAACAAAGAAAUUCCCUAGUUUGGGAUUCAGCAUUGAUAUGCAGAACCCUGCAUGGAGGCUCUGAAUUGGAGUUGAUGUUUCAACCCCUGCUUCUUGCUUCUUUCUAACUUAUUUCUUGAGAUCACUUCCUAUUUAAUGCUGUACAAACCACGUUUUGCAUAUCUUGUAGCAUACAAUAGAAAGUGGAAAGAAAUCUGGGAUCAGCUUAUGCAAAAAGAAAUAUAUAUCUUUAAAAUAUAUCAUUGCACUUCAUAGCAUUACUUCCUCAUAUAUAGAAACUGUUGAAAAGAGAAUGUUGUCAUAUUGAGUGAAUGUCACAUAAAAUAAGUCUUAACACCUCUCUACAUAAUAAUUUGCCUUGUCUUGUCAUUGAGCAGUAUUUUGACAAAAGAAUAUUAGAAUGAUUAGCAUUUAUAAGGGUUGACAUAUAUCAUAUAUAUAUAGAUAUAUAUUUAUACACAUUUCCUGAAGUAUUCUUGAAAAGUGACAAAGAUUUAAAAAAAUAGGGUGGUCAGUUUGGAAACGUGCUUAUCCUUACAGUUGGAAUAUUUGAUUUUGGAAGUAUUUAUAUUUAAAUACUUAAAUAUAAGUAUUUAAAAGUGUCCUUUAACCAAAGUGAAGGUAGUUCUGUGUUUGAACUACUAUAAUUUAAGCAACAGUAGAUUGCUUCAUGAGAAAGUUAGAAAAAGAAAAUUGGCCUUUCAAGUGUAAUACAGUCAGGGAGUUAUUUUUUUUCAAUGAAAAUUUAGUAUUUUUACCUUGGAAAGAUUUAGUGUGGUAUGUUCUAAGCAAAUGACUGCAAAAUAAGAGUGCUACUACAAGACACUAUACUAUUUUUUUCUAGAAAAUGUUGUUGUUAUGCUUUUACUUUUUUAUGUAAUAACUGUCAGUCUGAGACAACAGAACGGAGUGAAAAUAGGAUUUUCCUACUGUUAAAUGUGUGCUGUUUGUUUUGCCUUUUAUUGUCAUGUAAUCUGAGAGGCAUUUUUGUCAGCUAUGUUCCUGAUAUGUAUGAUACACUAAUGUGGGAAUAAAUUUUUUAAGUGUUGCAUUCAGCUGAUAUCAUGUGUGUACAUUUAGUAAGAUAUAAAUCUGGCAAAUAAAGCAGUGUUUAUUUUUAA